AUGUCUCUUGCACUCAUCUGCUUCCUUUCUAUAUCCAUACAAGGCACUGCACCCUUUGGCAACCACUCCACAGGUGAUUUUGAUGAUGGGUUUUUGCGGCGAAAACAACGUAGGAAUAGAACGACUUUCACUCUUCAGCAGCUGGAAGCUCUGGAGGCAGUCUUUGCCCAAACCCACUAUCCAGAUGUCUUUACCAGAGAAGAGCUAGCCAUGAAAAUCAACCUCACAGAAGCCAGAGUGCAGGUUUGGUUUCAAAAUCGAAGAGCAAAAUGGAGGAAAACAGAAAGAGGGGCUUCUGAUCAGGAGGGCUCCAAAGAGCCAAUGACUGAAGUGACCCCACCAGUGAGAAACAUCAAUUCCCCUUCCCCAGUGGAACAAACUCGAAACAAAAAGGACACAUUGGAAGCCCAGCAGAGCUUGAGUCGAACUGUGGGCCCCACAGGUCCUUUCUUCCCUUCGUGCUUACCUGGAACGCUCCUGAACACAGCUACCUAUGCUCAAGCUUUGUCACAUGUUGCUUCAUUGAAAGGGGGUCCACUGUGCUCUUGCUGUGUUCCAGAUGCCAUGGGGCUUUCCUUCCUCCCUACUUAUGGCUGCCAGAGUAACCGUACCGCCAGCGUGGCCGCCCUCCGCAUGAAAGCCCGGGAGCACUCAGAGGCUGUCCUACAGUCUGCCAAUCUCCUGCCUCCCACCAGCAGCAGCCCCACCCCACCGGCCAAACCCAACCCAGAGAAUAGCCAAGACAAGACACCCCCCACCAAGGAACAGAGUGAGGGGGAGAAAAGUGUAUGA